AUGUUACAAAAUGAGUCAAUUUUGACGGUAGCAGAUAAUUCGGGAGCGAAAAAGUUGUUGGUAAUUCGCUGUUUAGGUGGAUCCAAUCGUAAAUUUAGCCGGAUCGGUGAUUUGGUAAUCGCCACCGUAAAAAAAGCCGACCCCCAUUCUGAUAUCGAAAAAGGGCAAAUAGUUAUAGCCUUGAUUGUUACUAGUAAGAAGCACUUUCGCCGAAAAUUGAAGUUAAGUUCUAUUAAGGAACCAAUAGGAACUCGAAUUUUUGUGCCUGUGUUGACGGAGUUUGAUUAUUGA